UCACUGGCCUCGGGUAACCUCCAUCAUCGGUUUUGCCUUGUUUAAGGAUAAUGCUGAGUGGGAUAGGGCUGAAGACAGUCUAUCUCGUGGUAGGGAAACGACAACCUGCGCUACCACUGAUAACGUCAGCUUUACGCAAAAACAUGCGGGUGCAACUCCCUGAUAAAUGGCCGUUAGCUUAAUGUUACCCGCAUGAUUCAGAUUCGCAGUAUAAUUUCCACUGCAUUCAAAUUUCAGAUGAAAUGUUUUGCAUUUUUAUUUUGUAAACCAAUAAUCAUAGGGUAUUCUACCUACUAUGUAUAUUAUUGUGGUUCUACGUCGCAAAUUAACCAAUUAACUCGAAACGAAUUAACAUCGCAAAGUUACCAUCAACUGACAAGUUUCCUUCUACCCCGAGAAUCCCAUAAUGUCUGUGGUAUUUGGGUAUGGGGCAUGCCCCCGCCAAGGCGUAACUUGCGUAUGCCUGCCAUUCCAAUCUUGCCAGUGAUGCGCGCACACCAAACCAUCGCUCCAAACGAACCGUUUGCGGGUUCGCUGUUCCGUUUAUCUUCCGCCAUGCACGUGCCUAACAGCAGCGUUAUCGCCCGUUCAAGAGGCACAGAAUUGUCACUGAACUGGCACGGUGUGUCCUGCUGUGUUAGACUCUUGCUGGGCAGCAAAACAGAGGGAUCAAUAUGGUUUUGUUCUCCGUUAUGACUAAAAUAUGACCAAAAUCAAAUCAACAAUGCUUAAGAGAUUAUUGGCAUUUCUUUGUCUUCAAAGGACUUUCUUCGUGAAGGCGGUUCGGGACUUUGAAACCAAAGUGGCACUGUUGACCAGUGUUGAGCAGGAGGACCCAAAAUGCUUUGCUGAAGGGAUGGUGGACCUCACCUGUUUUUGGGAAGAAGACGGCCACAGGGCACCUGACCAGUACACGUUCACAUACAAAUACCAGAAUGAGAACAGCAGUGCGUGCGCUGUGGCAUCCCAGCCAGCAGGGGGCGGUAGGACGAGGUAUUUCUGCAGGCUGUCCAGGGUCAAGCACUUUGUUUCCUUGGAUCUGCAAGUGUUCCGGAACGGAACGCCCCUCCACAACCGCAGCCUUUCCAUCGACCUUGUGUUUCUGCUGGACCCCCCUGCCAACCUGACGGUGACCAGGACGGGGAAGAAGGGACAGCUGAGGCUGAGCUGGCUGCCCCCCUCCCUGAAGCACAUGACCGACAGCAUGAUGUACGAAGUCAGCUACGCCCUGGCUGGGAGUCGCAUGGGAAAGCUGGAGGUGGUGCGUGGCAACACAGAGUUCAUCCUGCACAGCCUGCAGGCCGCCACCAGGUACGACGUGAGGGUUCGAGCCAAGCCCGACGGCCUCGCCUACAACGGCUACUGGAGUGCUUGGACACCCUCGGUCUCCAUGGAAACUCCUCCCAGCGACCUGGACCCUCUCGUCAUUGGCCUGUGCCUGGUCAUCUCUCUCAUCCUGACCCUGCUGUCUCUCUCAGUCUUCCUGUUCCAUCGCAGGUUCCUGUGGAAGAUGUGGCCUCUCAUUCCCAGCCCUGAAAACCAGUUUCCAGGUCUCUUCACUGUGUACGGAGGCGACUUUCUGGAGUGGCUGAGCCAAAACAAUGGAUGGUUGCAGCUGAGGCCUGGCAUCUUCUACCAGGAAGCAACUUCAGACCCGUUGGAGGUGCUGUCCGAGGCCAGGAACGGGCCCCUCACCCCUGGCCGUACCCAGCCCCCCAGGACCUCAGGCCUGCUGCGUGGAGUAAGUGAGGAAGAGGAGGAGGAUGAGGAAGACGUCAAAGGAGUGGCGAGACUGGGCUCCAGUUCCACGGAGAGGUGGAAGUCAUCGUCCUCCCGUGAGCGCGGGCCGGCUGACCAGCUCCGGACUCUGCAAACGCAGCCCGUCCCCAGCCCCUGGCCCUCCCUCCUGGAGUCCAAGGACGCCUACGUGUCUCUGAGCCAGACCUCCCAGCCGGCUGGCAGAGACGACGUUCCUCCCACGCCAGCGAUGCCAGGCGAUGUUCCCGAAGAGUCGUGUGCCCUCUCCACGGCCCCCGGGACCUGCACGUCCCGCUCAGAUCUUGGGUCCCUUCGACAGAGCUUGGGAUCCGGCAGGCUGUCCUCCCAGUCCAGCCUGGAGUACCCCCAAAACUCCUGGCUGCCCAAGGGCCCCGGGUAUCCCUACCUGGCUGUGGCUGAUUCAGGCGUCUCCAUGGACUACAGCCCAGCGAGUUCCAGCGCGACCGGAUCGGGAGGGGCAGGAAUCCUCUACACCAACGAGUACAAGAACAUUCCCCAACACAAGCAGCAUUCCAACGGAGAACCCAUACCCUCUAGGUGUUGACUGCUAAUUUGCAAAACUGUCAUGAGGGAUCACAAACGAGGGAAGGCUUUAACAAGACCAGGUUAAAACCUAUUAUAUGGCUGGACCGGCCGACCAAUGGCGUGACGUCAUAACUCGGCCAACCAAUGGUGUAACUUCAUCACUCAGUCACAGACAUUCGCGUUUGUAGAGCUGGCCCCGCUGUUGCAGACCAGCCAAAAAAACUGGACUUUAUGAAAUCUUUGUGGUGGACACGAAACUAACAAGUUGUCAGGCAUCUAGUAGGUAAAACUACAAUCCGUGGAACAUUUGAGAACUCAAGAACUCUGUAUGUCCAGCUGAGUGGAGCAAAAAAACUGAUAUUCUGGUGGCCUUUGUACAGGUCAGUAGCUGUGAAACGGGUUCUGUUAAUGUGAGGUGAACUGAAUUCUGAACACAAGACGCAGACGGAACACAAAAUCGGAUGGAAAGGCCAUCCAUUUAAACAACCA